AAUGUCGUAUUAAUUCAAUUCGAGUUAAGUCGAUAAAUUCAUAAUAGUUUUGCUCCAAAAUCCUAUUUCUGAUGAUUCUUCAAAAAUAAAAACUCCGAAAUCUAAACUUGUGGACUUAUUUAAAGGGACGGGCGCCCAACCAACUAAGCUGAUGGGAAGGUCUACUACCGGUUCAGGCUGAAGGAGCUUUUGCCGCCGCCACCGUGACAGUUGCCCUAGCUAGAGCAUCUACGUCCCACCCUACAACAGCAUGACCCAGACCCAGCAAGAUCUCGCCGCCGGGGAGGCGGUGGUGAGGCCGAGGCCGAGGCCCGCACCGAAGCGGUUCGUCAAGAGCCAGAUCCCGGACUCCGUCCUCAACGACCCGGCGCUGAAAGCCGCCAUCUCCGUCCUCCCGAGCAACUACAACCUCGAGGUCCACAAGUGCGUCUGGCGCAUCCGAUCCUCCAAAGCGAAGCGCGUGGCCCUUCAGCUCCCGGAGGGCCUCCUCAUGUACUCCCUCGUCCUCUCAGAUAUCUUCACGGCCUUUGGCGGGGCCUCCCACUGCUUCGUCCUCGGGGACGUCACCUACGGCGCCUGCUGCGUCGACGACCUUGCUGCCUCCGCCCUCGGGGCUGACCUUCUCAUCCACUACGGCCAUAGCUGCCUCGUCCCCGUGGACACCACCACCGUCCCCUGCCUCUACGUCUUCGUCGAUAUCCUCAUCGACGUCAAUCUCCUUGUCAGCACCCUGAAGCUGAACUUGCUUCAGGAUUACUCCAACAUCGUCCUUGCAGGCACCAUUCAGUUUGCCACUGCGAUUCGUUCUGCCAAGCCUGAGCUCGAGAAGCUCGGAUUCAAUGUCUUGAUCCCACAGGCAAAGCCACUUUCUGCAGGAGAAGUCCUCGGGUGCACGGCUCCAAGGAUUCCUGUCGACUAUGCAUCGGAUGAUCGGACAGUCUCAGUGUUUGUUGCCGAUGGGCGGUUCCACUUGGAGGCCUUCAUGAUAGCAAACCCGGGGAUUAGGACCUUCCGCUACGACCCCUAUAUCGGGAAGCUGUUGCUCGAGGAGUAUGACCAAAAGGGUAUGCGAGAAUCUCGUAAAAAUGCGAUCUUGAAGGUGAAGGACCAGGCGAAGAGCUGGGGUAUUGUGUUGGGCACACUUGGGAGACAGGGGAAUCCUAGGAUUCUUCAGAGGCUAGAGAAGGUGAUGAGGGAGAAGGGUUUCGUGUACACUGUUGUACUAAUGUCCGAGAUAAGUCCUGGGAGGAUAGCCUUGUUCGAGGACUCUGUCGAUGCUUGGGUGCAGAUAGCCUGCCCCAGGCUUUCUAUUGACUGGGGGGAUGCUUUCCAUAAGCCCUUGCUUACACCCUUUGAAGCCGAGGUGGCUCUCGGGUUAAUCCUGGGAUGGUGGGAGAGAAGUGAAAGGACAAAUGCCUGUUGUGGAGAUUCAUGCUCUGGGUGCGGGAGCAAUCGGGAUCGCAGGGUUGAGGAUUAUCCAAUGGAUUAUUAUGCUCAGGAUGGUGGUGAAUGGAACUCUUCCUACGCGAAGAAGCCGUCCCGCCCCUUACACCGAAAUCCCGCCUCCACCUGUUGAUAAGUCCUGAUGGCUCGCUACCGGAGGAACACCAAAUUUUGUAUGAACCAAUUAGUUUUGGUGCACUCGGAGUUGUAUUAUCCUUCAAUCAACCUUUUUCAUAGCCACAUAGUUAGAUUUAAAUUACCUUGCGAGCUUCAGGCUAGAGAUAUCAUUGUUGAUAAGUUAACUGCUCAUACUUCCUGUAGAAAAAUAUCCACCAUGCUAGAUAAGGAUAUUACUCCUUCCAUGUUAUACAGAAUCCAAAUUGUUAACUCAGUUUCCUUGUACAAUUGAAAGAUUUAAGUUUUUUAUUAGAUCAGCUUGGAGUUUCCCCGAA